ACAUCAAGGAAGCCUCCGAUUGGCACAAAAACAGGUAGCAACUUUGGAGCGAAGGAUAAGAUGGUUGCAAGCACUAGCAAGAAAAAUACAAGACAUGGAAGAGAUGACAACGUAAGGACUUCUUCAAUAAUUGACAUCAAUGAUACUCCUACAUUAGAUGAUGUGGAUGAAAGAGAGAACACUGUCAAUGACGAGGAAGAAUUAGCCAGUGAAGAUGCUGAUGGCGAUCAACCACAAAUAAGUGAAUCAAGUGCAAAAGGGAAAAAAACUAAGAAACAAAAAGGUGCCACAUCUGUACAGCGGCUUGAAGAUUCCAUGAUGGCUUAUGUGAAUUUCAAGAAAGAUCAAGCUUCCAAGAAGGAAAAAGUGUCACAGCAAGGAAAACAACCCUCAAUUACAGAAUGCUUGCAGGUCUUGAAUGACAUGGAUGAUGUUCCCGACGAGGUCAAAAUCUUUGCCUCUGAUGUUUUCAAGGAUGCAGCAAAUCGUGAGAUUUUCCUGGGUUACAACUCAAGAUUGCGGGGUAUGUGGCUAAAGAAGGAAGUCGACAAGAUUAGUCCUCAGCCUCCUCCUUCUCGGCUUUCAUCUGGUGCUAUUCCUUCAAUCAAUCUGGUGCUCUGAUCAAAGGUAUUGUACGUGCUCCUUUUAUUUUCG